AGUUGGUCUUGGCCCGGUUUAGAGCCAGAACCGGCGGCCCUGGUCGGGUCUACGGGAUGAAUCGCUUCAAGAGAACAAAUCUUCCUUGGAAGCUCUUCUUUUUCUUUCACUUUUUGAAGAAACCAAUAUCAAUGGAGUCUUUGAAACCCCAUGCAGUUUGUAUUCCAUUUCCUGCUCAAGGCCACAUAAACCCUAUGCUAAAACUUGCAAAACUACUUCAUUUCAGAGGCUUCCACAUCACCUUUGUCCAUACAGAAUUCAAUUACCAACGCAUACUCAGCAACAGAGGUCUUGAUUCUCUCAAGGGCUUCCAUGAUUUCCAGUUUGAAACUAUCUCCGAUGGUCUGCCGGAGGCUAGCCAGCGAGGCAUCGAAGACUUACAACACCUCUGUAUAACCUUGCCGGACCAUGGCCGGCGUUCAUUUCGGGACCUCAUAGUUAAACUUAAUGGCUCAUCGAAUUUGCCUGCUGUUUCUUGCAUUAUUUCUGAUGGUGUGAUGAGCUUCACUUUAGAGGUUGCUUAUGAAUUUGGCAUUCAAGAGAUGAUUCUUUUUACUCCUAGUGCUGUUGGCAUGUCGGGUUAUCUUCACUUUGAAGAGCUCAAGAGAAGAGGCGUUGUUCCACUAAAAGAUGCUAGAUGCUUGACUAAUGGAUAUCUUGAUAAUGUAAUUGAUUGGAUACCUGCAAUGGAAGGAAUCCGAUUAAAAGAUCUACCAACCUUCAUCCGCACCACAGAUCCAAAUGACAUAUUCUUCAAUUACAACUUAAAAUCACUCAACAAUUCCAUGAAAGCUAAGGGGCUUAUCCUCAACACAUUUGAUGAGCUAGACAAAGAGGUCUUGGAUGUGAUAAACACCGCAUUUCCAGUGUUGUACUCCACUGGCCCAUUAUCAAUGCUUCAGCAAAAUCUUUCUUCACCAAAUUUUGAGUCCAUUGAAUCAAAUUUGUGGAAGGAAGACAAUGAAUGCUUAAGUUGGCUAGAUAAAAGAGAGCCCAAAUCAGUUGUGUAUGUAAACUUUGGAAGCCUAAUUACAGUGAGUCAAGAGCAGCUGAAGGAGUUUGCUUGGGGACUUGCUAAUAGCAAGUACCCAUUUCUGUGGGUGAUUAGGCCAGACCUUCUUGAUGGUGGAGAGAAGAUAAUGUCCAAAGACUUCAUGGAUGAAAUAAAUGGUAGAGGUUUACUUGUCGGUUGGUGUCCCCAAGAGACAGUUCUCGGUCAUGCUUCAGUUGGAGGGUUUUUGACACGUUGUGGAUGGAACUCUACCUUGGAGAGUAUUUGUCAAGGAGUGGCAUUGAUUUGUUGGCCUUUUUUCGCUGACCAACAGACGAAUUGCUUGUAUUCAUGUGAGAAAUGGGGGAUUGGGGUGGAGAUUGAUAGUGAUGUUAAGAGGGAGAAAGUUGAACAGGUUGUGAGGGAGUUGAUGGAAGGAAAGAAAGGGAAGGAAAUGAGAGUCAAGGCGAUGGAUUGGCAGAGGAAAGCUCAAGUUGCCACAAAUCUUGGUGGUUCUUCUUAUAGUAACUUCGAAAGGUUGGUUAAUGACCUCAUGAUAUGAUCACACCGAUCUUUAGUAGAAUGAAUAUCAACUUUUUUUAUAAAUUAAAUUGAGAGAUGUAUACAUCACUAUUUUUUGUUUAAUAAAAGUAAUUAAAUUGAUGAAA